GAGAAAAUAACAACAAAAAGACCAAGAAGCUACUGAGAAGGAUGUGUACAUUUCUGUUGUUGCUGUGUUUGGUGGGGCAUAUCUCCACUCAAGAGUCUGGUGAUAAUGGUCAGGAAGACUAUGAAAUCCAAAACAAUAUAGAACCUUCCCCUCUAAGUCAAGACAAAUCUGAAGAUCAUCUGGAAGAUGUUCUGAUAUCUGAUAAAGGCACAGUUUCCAAAAUUUGUCCUGAGGGUGAUAACUGUAAAUCUUACAAAUUCUUUUACCAUCAUCGUAAUUUUCAUACAGCUCAGGGAAUCUGUAGACACUUUGGUGGGAAUCUCUGUUCAAUUCACAGCACACGGGCCAACAGACAGAUUUCGAAUUUCGUGAGGAGAGCACAUAAAGGUGUGACAUUGGUCUGGAUUGGUAUGAGGAACUAUGGAGGAAAUUCUCCAUUCAGAAAUGUAGAUGGAACUCGACUGGAUUACACCAACUGGGGAUGUGGGCUAUCUACCAGUAUUAGUAGGUGCGCUGCCCUCAAUAUUUACACUGGACAAUGGCAUACUUUCCAUUGUGGGAUACUUCUGCCAUUUGUUUGCACCUGCUAGCAAUGUUGUUGACCUGCAACUUACAACACAUUUUACUCUUCAUUGGCAUUCCAGACCCAACUUAAUAUGCAUUUUUUAAAACAUAUUUUCAAUAAAGUUUGAAGCAACAU